AAGUUUGGAUCAGUUACAGGGAUGUGGUGUUUGAACAGUGUAUGUUUUUUGCUUUUGCCUUUAUUCGUUAUCAACAUUAUUUGUUUGCAUUGAAUUGUUUACUUUAGUUGGGCCUAUCUUUAUCAUUUUUAACUCGUAACCUUAUGGACAUUUGUCAGGGAAUUCUUGUGACGCACAAAAACAAUUGUAGGCUUAUAGUCUACAAUCAGACGUCAAGAUUAGGCCUACAUGAGGGAAUGAAUAAAUAGUAACAAAAGCUAAGUUUCAGUUUAAUGACAAAGCCUAUUAAAGGCCUAUUGUACAGAAUGGGUUAGGGUCAGAGUUAGUCCAAUGCAACACUCCGGUGCUAAAUGACACCACAAGCUUUAUAACGGGGUGGUUCUGUCGGUCGGGGGAGGAGUCGAAGAGAAAGCCUGGAUGUCCAAACAGAUACGUAUAGGAUCCAUUCAGCCUUCGUGACUCACACAGAUUCAGGCUAUCCUCUUUGUGUGAAAAAUUGUGUGUCAGUCGUAUCCCUUCAUGGAGUGAAAAGGUCGGUUUUCGACAUUGUUACUGCCGUGGCCGUACAGCCGGUGACACCCAUGGUUUAUCUAACGGGAGCCCCGUGUGAGGCGCGCAGCAAGCAGGCGUCUCCAGAUGGGAUGUUUGACGCCACCGCCUGGAGGAUCCGUCACAUCUGGGAGGGGGUGAGGCUUGAGGUGGCGGGGGACGCGAGCCCUGUGGUCCUUCACAGUUUCACACAACUGGACCCCGAUCUUCCGCUCUUGGAGAACGCGACUCAGGAGAUCGGGGAGGAGGUGGAGGAGGGGGCCGUGUACUCCAUCACGCUGAGGAAGCUGCAGAUGCACCAGGCGCCCAGCAGGGGGCAGCGCUGGCUGGGCGCGGACGCGGAUGCGGCCCUCAGCCUGUACGAGACGUGCAAGGUGCGCACCAUCAAGGCGGGGACGCUGGAGAAGCUGGUGGAGUACAUGAUGGCAGCCUUCCGGGGGAACGACUCCACCUACGUCACCAUCUUCCUCUGCACAUACCGCUCCUUCGCCUCCACCAAGCAGGUGCUGGACCUGCUGCUGAACAGGUAUGCUAAGCUGCAACACCUCCCAGGAUCAGAAGCCUACAGACUGACUCAUGAUGACCGGACCGAACUACGGAACACCAUCUCGUCCAUCCUGGGCGCGUGGCUGGAUCAGUAUUCAGAGGACUUCUGGAAGCCUCCUGAGUACAGCUGUCUCCGCCGCCUGGUCUCGUACCUCCACCUCAACUUCCCCGGCUCUGACCUGGAGCGCCGCGCCUGUAACCUGCUCGCUCACUUUCACCGCCGGCAGUUGCAGGAACCCGAACACGAGGUGCUGGACCAUGGCCCCUACACCUUCACCCUGCUGGAGGAGAAUGGCUUUGAGGAUUACCGGCCAGACUUCCUGACUUUUGACCCCACCGUGGUGGCUGAGCAGUUGACCCUCAUGGAUGCAGAGCUUUUUAAAAAGGUGGUUCCGUAUCACUGCCUGGGCAGCAUCUGGUCUCAGCGCGACAAGAAAGGCAAAGAGCACCUAGCUCCCACCAUCCGGGCCACCGUCACCCAGUUCAACUGUGUCACCAACUGUGUAAUCGCCACCUGCCUGGGUAACCGCUUGCUGAAACCCACACAGAGGGCCAAGGUGGUGGAGCGCUGGAUCGAUGUGGCCAGGGAGUGUCGUAUUCUGAAGAAUUUCUCCUCUCUGCGGGCCAUCCUCUCAGCUCUGCAGUGCAACCCUGUUCACCGGCUCAAGAGGACCUGGGAUGAAGUGUCUAGGGAGAACUUCCGGAUAUUCCUUGAGCUAUCGGAGAUUUUCUCAGAUGAGAAUAACCACUCGCUGAGCAGAGAGCUGCUGGUGAAGGAGGGAACAUCUAAGUUUGCCACUCUGGAGAUCAACCCCAAACGAGCCCAGAAGAGACAACAACCCAGACACCUGAGUGUGAUGCAGGGCACCAUUCCCUACCUAGGGACGUUCCUCACAGACCUGGUGAUGAUGGACACGGCUAUGAAGGACUAUCUGGACGGAGGGCUCAUCAACUUUGACAAGAGGAGGAAGGAGUUUGAGGUGAUCGCCCAGAUCAAGCUGCUGCAGCUGGCCUGCAACAACUACAACUUCACCAGGAACACCCGCUUCAGGGAGUGGUACUCCAGCCUGGACAAGCUUACAGAGGCAGAGAGCUAUAGCCAGUCCUGUGAGAUUGAGCCUCUGUCUGAAUCUGCCUCCAACACUCUGAAGGCCAAGAAGAACACAGGGAUAAUCAAGCGUUGGAGCGAUCGCCAGCCAGCCAGUACUGAGGCAGGAUCCAGCGGCUCCCACUCCAAGUCGUUCGACCAGCUGCGCUACGCCUCAUGCCUGGGGGGAGGGGGGGAGGGGGGAGACUCCCUGAGUGUCACCUCCGCUGGCUCUAGCAGCUCUGAUGUGGAAGAGGUCAGCUUCAUCUCACACUCACCGGACGCCCCGGAGCGCAAGACCUCCACGCCUUCCGUAAAACAUUCCAAUUCCGCGUUAGGAAAGUGUGGCCCCUUGCCUGACCUGGCACCCACGUUCUGGGAGUCGACCUCCCUGUCAUCGCUGGACGCGUCCGGCCUGGGCUCUGGUUCCGGUUCCAGCAGUGCCUCCUCCUCCUCCAUGUCCUCCACGCCAGGUUCCCGCUCACACAAGCGCUCCGUCUCUGGGGUGUCCAGCUACUCCUCCCUCUCCCUGCCACUCUACAACCAGCAGGUGGACGACUGCUGCAUCAUACGGGUCAGCCUGGACGUAGACAACGGAAACAUGUACAAGAGCAUCCUGGUGACCAGUCAGGACAAGACUCCGGCGGUGAUCAGGAAGGCGAUGGUGAAGCACAACCUGGACCGUGAGAGACCAGAGGAAUACGAGCUGCUGCAGAAGAUCUCAGACGAGAAAGAGCUGAAGAUCCCCGACAACGCCAACGUGUUCUACGCCAUGAACUCGUCCGCCAACUACGACUUUGUCCUAAAGCGCCGAGGGUUUCCCCGGGGGGCCCGGCCCAAGCACGGCUCCAGCUCCACGCUGCCUCGCAUGAAGCAGAAAGGCCUGAAGAUCGCCAAGGGUAUCUUCUAACCGGGCCAUGAAGAACCAGCAGCUGGAACCCCCGAGCCCCUCUGUCUGCCGCGAGGGGGCCCUGGCCGGCAGAGCCUCCUGCCUGGAGUCACAACCACAAGCCUUCAGGGACUCAUGCAGGAUAGAGGACACUCACAGCCAGACAACGUUCACAGCUUACAGACCCAAGGACCCACGUGGCUCUUUAUCAGUGCAGCCAGCUGGAGAUACUGAUGUGUGUUCACACCUGGUGUGUGUUCACACCUGGUGUGUGUUCAGAUAUUCUGAGGAACUCCUGAAGCUCCAAGCUGAGCUGUGGACUCAGCCGCUGUGUUGAUGCAGCUGUGUUGAUGCAGCUGUGUUGAUGCAGCUGUGUUGAUGCUGCUGUGUUUUCUGCCUGGUGGAGGGAUCUCCUACAGGAACGUAAAGAAGGACACGUCACUAAGGGUACCGAUACGGACUGGACUGGUCACAGGGCCAUCUUUGUUCGUCCCUCUGUCUGGAACGCUGUCUUGUUCCAGACUUGGUUUCAUUUUGACCCAAAGGAGCAUUAUCGCCACAAACACUCACUAGCUGCUCCUGUCACUGCUGCGAUGCGGCCACCUGCAUUUACAUAAACUGUCUUUCUAAAAUGUUGGUGCUAUCAAAGCUACAGCUGCCAGCCAGCCCACCACCCUUCACUUGUCAGGUUUCACCUCUCUGUUAGCCUAGAGUCAGAGUAAGAGAACUAGCUCCACACGUGUGAGGAGCCGGCCUUGCCUCUGGGCUGCAGCUGAGGAGCCGGCCAUGCCUCUGGGCUGCAGCUGAGGAGCCGGCCUUGCCUCUGGGCUGCAGCUGAGGAGCCGGCCAUGCCUCUGGGCUGCAGCUGAGGAGCCGGCCUUGCUUCUGGGCUGCAGCUGAGGAGCCGGCCUUGCCUCUGGGCUGCAGCUGAGGAGCCGGCCUUGCCUCUGGGCUGCAGCUGAGGAGCCGGCCUUGCCUCUGGGCUGCAGCUGAGGAGCCGGCCUUGCCUCUGGGCUGCAGCUGAGGAGCCGGCCUUGCCUCUGGGCUGCAGCUGAGGAGCCGGCCUUGCCUCUGGGCUGCAGAGGCAAGGCCUCUGGGCUGGGUAGGAUGGUUCCUGGCUCUGGUGAUCUAGACAUGCUGGGCAUUAUCAAACUGGCCACUGGAGACAAAAUGCAGACUCUGGGAGCCAACAUGGCGACUGUUGAACCAGUCAUAAGGCGUGGGUCAGAAAACACUAAAGGUUUGUAACUGACAAAAUGAUGACAGUGCUCUUAUAUUUUCAGAAAGUUAUUAGCUCAGAGCCCUGAACCACCUGCCAUUAAGCAGGAGAACAGUCCAGAGAGAUCCUGCUUUCUGUCAGGUGACCAUGGGGUUCCUGUCAGCUUAGAAGGAGUGAGGUAAAUGAUGUUGAGUAUGUGAUGUCUGUUCAAAAAAAAAGGGAAAGAGAGAGAGAGAGAGAGAGAGAGAGAGAGAGAGAGAGAGAGAGAGAGACGGGAGACAGAGACGGGGAGACAGAGACGGGGAGACAGAGGGACAUGAAUGUUGUAUUGCGUACUGAAACCGUUGUCUGUGGUCCAGUUUUUUGUGUAACAAAAAAAAGACCGUCACCUGAGUCUGCCAAGCCAACCCUAACCACCUUUCCAUCCAUCCAUAAUCUGGACAGCCGGACAGGGCUGCAGUGACA